AUGUCAGGAGAUAAAGUAAAUAUUAUGACAAUUUUAGACCCCCAAAUAGAAAUAAAUAAUUUGAGUUUUGUGAGUUUGGUGAAUACAGAUGAUGAUAGAUUAAUUCAAAUAUUUGACACAUUGAUUCAAUGUCUUGACCCAUUUGAUAAAAAAUGUUUGUCUAAACGAUCAAUUGAAAUAGAUGAUCUUUCUACACCCAGGGCCUAUUUUAAUUAUCAUACUUUUAUCAGAGAAUUUGAAUUGAAUCCUUUACAAAAAGCAAUGAGACUUUGGACUUCGAUACAUUUCUCAAACAUAGAUGGGCUGCCUCGAAAUGGUCGGUCUCGAGUUUCAAACGGAGGAAGGAGGGUUAGCAAAAGAGUAAUUAGUAUUAACAAUGGACCAAGGUCGAUCCUUAAUAUUUGUGAAUUUAAGAAUCAUAAACAAAGUUUAGUCAAUGUUAGGAAAUUAUCAAUUGGAUUAUUCAAUAAUAACGGUACGGACUUGAUGACUCCUGUCGCAGAACUUGUUUUAAAACUUCAAGACGUUUUAUCACCAAAUGUUCAACACUUUCAAAUUCUUAGCAUUAAUUCGAUAAAACCCAAAUUUUCUAGAAAUUUAAUUAACUUUAUUCAAUCUCAGGAUCACUUAAAAUCUUUAUUAUUAUCCCAUGAUUUUUGGAAAGAUGAAUUUGAACCAUUUCGUAUUGCCCUACGAAAACAUUCGAAUUCAUUAACUUUUUUUAAAUUAGAAUGUUCAAUUUUAUUCACUUCAAAAUUAUUAUCUAUAUUAAAAUCAUUACCAAAGUUAAUCACGCUCGAUCUUAAGUUCAUGCUUUCUCCUGAUGGUGACGUUUCACGAGAUAUUUCGACGAUUACUUUUAAUAGAUUAGAACAUCUAAAUUAUGAAGGUUAUAGCUCUCAUAAUUCAAAUCCCAUUACACUCUUUAAAACGAUCAUUUUAUCAGCGAAAAAUUUGAAAUCACUUAAAAUUGAUGAUUCUGAUUGUCUUUAUAUUAAGGAAAUUCAAGGGUUAUGUUUUUCGAAUUUAACUCACUUUCAUUUGGUUAUUUUCCGUAGCGAAUUAAUUUAUUCAAUUUCAUUGGAGGAUUUAUUGGAAUUAUUAAGAAAUUUGCAUCAAUUAAUUCAUUUGAAAUUAAACACUAAAGUAAUUCGUAGAAAUUUAUCGGAUCGUAACCUUUUUCAAGGUUUCUCUAAAGUACUCGCCUGUUCUCUCAAAAUUUUCGAAUUUAACUUUCCUGUCUCUGAUAAAUCCUUGGAGAUCUUAUUUAAUGAAUCUAAAUUUAAUCUUGAAUGUCUAAAGUUGUAUCGUUUGGAACAUUAUCUGGAUAUUUCAUUGAAAAUUUUUAUCGAUUAUGCAAAAAGGAAAGGGAGUUUUAAAGAACUCGGUAUUACUAGGGAAUUUACAUUCUCAAAGGAGCGUAUUAAACAGGCACAGAAUUACUUUAAAAUAACGGUACACUCGGAUAAUGAAAUAUGGAGUCCAUUUUAUGAUAUACCAAUUAAAAAUUCCUACUGGAGCAAUAGAAGAUAA